AUGAAUCGAGGCUCUUCAAGGACACAUACGUCCACCUACUCAAGGACUCGGAACGCAAUUUUAUGUUUGAUUUUAGCAGCUGCAUCUUGUAUCCUUUUGGUUUCUUACUUUUAUUUCCGAAAGCAGAGUCUUGCCUUCCACUCGGCUACAGAAAAUGAAAAGCCUUCAAAGCAAGAUGACGGAGUUGUGCGAGUGGCCAUCAUGUCUCCGUUCAUUAAAACUCAGACGAAGAAAUUAUUUGGUCAGUGGAAUCGAUGGAUGACCAACACCGGAGAUCAACCAAGCGGAAUACCAUGCUCUUCAAAUUUUGUUAAUCAUGUUCUUCCCAAAGGGAAGAUUGAGAUUACCUAUGUCGUUUUCUUUCAUUUAGAUUUUGAAAAGGCUGGAGAUCAAAAUCGAUUCACGUUAUUCUCGGAAGAUAUGAAUACUUUGGACGGUGUUGAUUUGCAACGAUACAUUAUCAAGAAAUGGAAUGCUUAUACCAAACAAAACACACAAUCAUCAUGUUUUAAUAAGGGAAUAUUGUUAUUAUCCGCCAAAACAGAUCCCAUUACGGACAAAACUCAUCCAGAUGGCCCUUGUUUCAUGUUUUACGAAGCGUUUCGCCAACUGAAAGCCUUAGGCUUCCAUUAUUUCUUCUUGAUGGAACCAGACGUUGUUCCCAUCCGAGAUUAUUGGGUUGAAAGAUUAAUUACCGAAAUUCAAAAGAAUUUCCACAAUGGCCAAAGUGAUUUUUGGCAGAUGGGAAGUUUGAGUCGAUGCCCAGCAUCAUAUGGUGACAUUGCAGCCAGAACGGAUGUUCAUAUGAACGGAAAUGCAGUGUACUACCUUCAAGACCCAGAGUUUGAUCGAUAUAUGGAACGAAUGAUCAAUUUUUAUCCAGCAGGAAUGAGCUCUGUAUCAGUGGCAGGUUGUGCUACUGGAGAAGUGUUCGAAGGAGGCUAUGAUCACACACUGUACAGAUUUAGGACUCACGGCAACAAUUGGAACGAAAUGAGAUAUCACCACAAAUUUCUCUACACGGACGUUAUUCAGAAUCGGUGUGAGGAAGUCUAUGAUGCCUGGGAGCUAAGUAGAAAUAAUCCCAACACCUAUCUCGUGCACAGCAAAUCAAUCUUCUAUUCUCCCGAGGAACGAUUGUUCAGGAAUUUAUUUAGUGACCUCUCAUUUAAUGGAGUUCGACCAGGUAUAACCAAAGAAUCAUCUAUCAUUAUGGAGUCAUUGAAAGCUCUCAUCAAACCUUCGACUGAAAUUACGUUGGCCACUCUAGACGAAUCCAUUCUCAAGUUAUUCUGUUUUCAUGAAAAUUACAAAGCGUUUGUAAUGCAACAUGGUGACUCGAUACUACAUCCGGAAUGCAUUAAGCUUUGCAUUAAAAAAGAAAAUGCAGAUAAGGAGCCACAAGUAUGCUCCAAUAUUUUUAACUCUUACACUAGAGCAUGGGACAGUCACAAGAACGACAAGGUAUACCUUUGGACAAGUGAUUCCCAUGCUGCUCCCAUUGGGUGUAACAUGAACCUAUUGACAGACGUUGGAUUUGUAGUUGCUGCUGAAGCUAGAUUUCCUAAUUGCAAUCCAUCAACAUCGAAACGACAUUGCUUAUUUAAACCACGACCAAACGAGAACGAACCCUGCCGAAAUCGACUGAAAAGAGAGUUCUAUAACGCGUACCGAACUGACCCUGAAAUGGAGCGAGUGGAUGGUGUGAUAUGUAGCCAUCCAGUUUCGAACUGUGAAUUUUUCAUGCCGUUCAAUAAGAGCCUUAUUGUGUACGCCACAAGAAUGGAGAUUCAAAAAGGUGAAGGUAAAUCGAAGAUAACCUCUUACGAAAGAUCCCUCAGAGAAAGUCAAUGGAUGGAAAAUUUAAAGAAAAUUGCUUCUCAUCCUAGAAACAUAAUUGCGGCAAAUAACAUGUUUGACCUGAAUCUCAUCAAAUUCCAAACAGGUUUGAAUGUUGAAUACAUACCCUUUUGGUGUGGCAACAGGAUUGAAAAAGGAAAGUAUCUCAUUUACCAUCCGAUACGGAAGGAAAUUUUCAUAACUCCUUUUCCUGAAUAUGUGGAGCAGAACAGAUGGCAACACCCUAUUAUGACCGGUCUGAAGAACAUACUGAGCAACAAAGCGUCACAAUGGACUUUUACUUUCAUUAAGGAUUCAUAUCCCAAGUACAGCCGACUUGAACUGACCUCAGGUACCGCGAUUAUCGUUCUACCUUAUCAAGUAUCAAUGAUUUCUUUCUUUGAUUUUUACAGGAUGAGUAUUCCAAUAUUUGUGCCGUCUAAGAAGUUGUUAAUCUCAUGGGACAACGAAUUUCAUCUUUUAAUGGAUAUUCCGAAAUUUAUCCCACAAACCAUUUCUAGUUCGGUUGGUAAUACUUCUCAAGUAGAAGAGUAUUGGUUGGGAUUUAGCGAUUUUUACAUGUUUCCUCAUGUGAUUCAUUUUGACAGCUGGGACCAUUUACUGCAACUGUUAUCGAGAACAGAUCUUUCAAAAGUGAGUGAAAAUAUGAGCAGUUUUAACAAGCAACAACGAACGGAAUUGAGAAAGACGUGGGCAAGGGUGAAACAAAGGAUUAUGAGAUAUUCAGGUGGAGUAGGACGAUCAACUAUUCCUAAAACACUCGAGCAAGGAUUAGCAGAGUAUGGAAUGCCUUCACUUAGCAUGGAUGUAGCUCUUUCAGAUGAUGAUAUCCAUGCGUGUGCUCCAAAUUUCCAUGACUUUAACAAUUUCAGAAAAUAA